AUGGUGAGCUGGAAGCUCGGCGCGGAAGCCGAUCUGAAUAAAGAUGGCGACCGUACACGCUUACUGGAGCAAUCUAGGGGCAUGGGUGAGUCCCUUGCUAACCUGGUCGAUUCCCGGAAGGCACUGGAGGAGACUAACGAGAUCGGUACUACGGUGAUGAGCAAGCUAUUAUCGCAACGUGAAACUAUAAUUCGGUCAACCCAAUAUGCCGAGGAAACGGGUGUUUUACAACGCGAGACCCGUGGCCUUCUGCGUGCGGAGAGCUGGUCUGAUUUUUACACCAAGGUGGCGAUGUAUGUGACCAUUGUGUGUUUGAUCAUCGCUAUUAUACUCGCGCUAUUACACCGUCUGUUGAAGUGA